AUGGGAUGGGAACCACCUCCAGGCAGCGCCUGUGCCCAGGGCUCGAGAUCCCCGCGUGCCGCGCUCUGGGCGCUGCCCCCUGGGCUCUGGUGCAGCGCACCGAGCAGCGCUGCAGCCCGGCCCCUGGCGGGUGAGGGGCGGGGCGGGCCGGGGCCAGGCCGCCGCUUGCCGUGCGCCUCCGGGGCGGCAGGGGCGGAGCCGAGCCGAGGCGGGGCCCGUCUUGCCGCCGCGGAGGUAUGGCUGGGGGGGACCCAGGCGUCCGGACCGGGCGGCGCUCCCUGCUGCGGGGCCGGAGGCUGGAGUCAGCUCGCGGGUCCCGCGGCAGCAGCCGGGCAUGGCGGCCCCAAGAGCGGCCUGGAAGCUUGGGCCUCGGCGCCCCGGUACGUCGGCACCGCGCAGCCCCCGGGCACGGGCUGGGAGCGGCUGCAGGAGCUCUGGCGCCGCGAUGAACUACAGCAGUACCCAGAAGAAACUCUCAACAUUAUCAAAGCUACAUUUUCAGCCGCUGUCAUUGGCUGGAUGUAUGGAGGCUUGCCAGCUUUUCACCAUGCGAAGACACAAUAUAUUGAGCAGAGCCAAGCGGAGAUUUUUCAGAACCGUCUGGAUGCUGUGCAAUCUGCACAUCGUGCUGCAAUCAGGGGAUUCAUCCGUUACGGCUGGCGCUGGAGCUGGAGAAUUGCUACUUUUGUGGCAAUAUUUAACACAGUGAGCACUGGUCUGUCCGUGUACCGCAAUAAAACCACCUUCAGUCACUUCGCUGCCGCAGGAGCCUUUACAGGAGGCCUGUUCAGAAUGCAUUUGGGCCUGAGCAGAAUGGCAGCUGGCAGUGUCUUUGGAGCAGCAUUCGGCAUCACUGCAGGAGGGGUGUUGAUGGCGAUGGAGAAGCUUGCUGGUGAGAGCAUACAGGAGAAAAGACUACGUGAGAGAAGAUUGCUGCAUGAACAGAAGUUAGCAGAGUGGAAAGCUAGGCUUAAUUUUACUGAGGCUGACUUGGAAGAAAUUGUCAAAGACACUCAGGAAGGAACCAUGGAGAGAGAGAUCGAGAAGAUCCAAGAGUUGUUAAAUCUUCCCAAGAACCCUUUGCCAUCGGAAGAUGGGAACUAGUCUGAGCUCUGACUUCAGUCAAAGCAUCUUGGAAGACUGGCAUGAAUCUGUUUCUGUAUCCAUUGUUUUCGGCAGCAGCAGUUUGACAACAAUGUUGUGUAUAUGUAUCAUGACGGAGGGAGGGUUCAAGAUCUUCAGCUGGAGUAAUGACCAGUGAGCUGUGUUUUGUGUGAGGGCAGCAACAGAACUCUUAGUGACUACUUCACACUUGAAUGCCCUGGGCCACAUCUUAAUGCAAUAUACAUGGAGAAAGGGGGGUUCAUUAGUCCUGCAAGAGUGCAUAUCCUUAUGCCACUGUAGUGAGUGGCAUGAUGGCAGAAUCUAGGAGCUGCCACUCUCCCAAAGAAGCCUGUAAUGACAUUUUUAUCCUUAUUUGAAAACAGAAUUCAGUUUUGGUGAAACUGGCUGCACUGAUAGCACUGGAGUCCUGCCUACCUAUUGGCCAGGCGCAGCAUGGGCAAUGCCCAUGCUAGUUCCCUCCACUCUAUUUCUUCAGCGUACCUCAACCCUGCUCCGCUAGGAACGGUGCUGUGGGUUGGAAGAGUUUGGUGACUGUGGCCUACUCAGGCUUUAGGCGUUUUGCAGAAAUAAACGGUUCUCAGUUUUCCAAUGAGGCUUGUGACAGUGUUAGGAUCACAAAGAACGUGCCUGACAAGGGCAUACCUUGGGUUCCUCUAAAGUAGGGUGUCCUUCCUCGAGGAGGAGAGGGCUACAACAAGGAUGACCGCAUAUUGGCAGGAGAGCUUAGCGUUACAGACACAUUUUAACCAAAAAUUGUGAUUGUGUUAAGUUACAAAUUACAGGAUCCUCUUGGAGGAAAACUAUUGGAAAUGCUAUUUAACAGACAUAACCACUCACGUUGUCUAGAUUGUUUUGUCUGGUAGAAUUGCUUACUCUGUUAAGAAUAUUGUAAUUGAGCACACCAGCAAGACUGUUCCCAGAGACAGGAGAGUUAAGUCUCGUGGCCCCAUUCAGGCUCUUGAGACUGACAACCCCAAUUCUCAGAGCAAGAGCAAACAACUUUGUCAUGAAAAUCUAGGGCUGGCUUUGAAUUAUAACAACCUGUGGU